UUCUCUGAUGUGAAGCUCCAGCAGCUCAGCGGCCAGCAGGAGAUAUGAGAGCCGGCAGCCCGCUGCUGUCUGCGGGCAGGAGGAGGAGGAGCAGCCGCCGGAGCCUCCGCUGCUCUCCGCGGGGCUUCCCCCGGAACAAGAGCCCGGCGGCGGCGGAGGACCCGCGGGUCCCGGUGCUCCUGCUGCAGGACAUGAACCUGUGUUACCGGCUGCUGCGGGAGCUGGUCCCGGGUCCGGUCCGGUCCGCCAGCAGGGUAGAGAUCCUGCAGCGCGUCAUCGACUACAUCCUGGACCUGCAGACCGAGCUGGACGCGGACAGCGGGGAGCCGCUCCACCGUGACCGGCCACAGCAGCUCCUACAGCGGCCACAGAGCGGCCAGAGCCCCGGUACCCGGUACCAGCAGACCAGCGAGGUCCCUGAAACGGACUCUGAGGUCGAGGAGAGCCGGACUCUGCUGCACUGAGAGUGUCUGAGGAGAGGACGGUCUUUAUAAUUCAACCCCAGAGGACUCGGCAGGUUCUUCUUCACGUUCACUCUGUUUGAGUCUCAGAGACGUUUGUUGACUCCACUGACGUCUGGAACCAGCAUGUUGGGAGAGUUCUGGUUUCUGUCUGGAUCUGGAUCUGGAUCUUCAGACUCAAUAAAUCUACUGCGUUCAAUCAGGCUGCUAAAAACAUUAAGUCUGGUUCAGGUGAAACAACUUGAGACGGAAACAGGACGUCAGAGCUCCUUUCACUUCCUGUCUGUUCAUCCACUCAUCCUCACCCUCAUC